CUCACGCUUAUAUGUGCGGGGAAAGCAAAGCGGACUCUUUACUGUUCUGGCUCAGCACUGCACGGUGGGAGAAGACCGACAACAAAAACACAACACGGGGAACUCAGCCUAACUUCUCCGAGUUUCAGAUCACAUAUGAGACUUGCAUUUUGUUUUCCGUAUCUCUUGCACAAACCUAGUCGUGGCAAACUAAUAACCCGUCGGGUCUAAAGGAUCCAGCUCGGUCCACAAAUGAGAGAUCAUCUGCGACUGUCUCCUGAAACAGAAAUGUCUGCAACCAUACUUUCCGCUUUCUACGACAUCGACAUGCUGUACAAGCAGGAGAAGAGCCUCAACAUGAACGCGCUUCACAUUAACAGUAUGCUGGAUAAGAAAGCGGUCGGGGCCCCCGUAACAACAUCCAGCAGCAACAACUGCAACUACGCGCCCGGAUUUUUUCGUCGAAACUCCACCAGCAACAUGGAGUCCAUGACGAACGGCAACAAGUACCCCUCCUAUAACAACAUGAAGGAGACCGCCAGCACCGCCAUCAUGAACAAGGAGAACAAGUUUCGUGACCGCGCCUACAGCGAGAGCGCGGAGCGCGGCCAGCAGCAGCUGCAAAUGCUACAGCAGAAGCCGGGCUCACAGAUCAACUCGACUCGCUAUAAAACCGAGCUCUGCAGGCCCUUUGAGGAAAACGGGGCGUGCAAAUACGGCGAGAAGUGUCAGUUCGCUCACGGCUACCACGAGUUGAGAAGUUUAUCCCGCCACCCGAAGUACAAAACUGAGCCUUGUCGCACUUUUCACACCAUCGGUUUCUGUCCGUACGGUCCGCGCUGCCAUUUCAUCCACAACGCCGAUGAAAGAAGACCAGCACCAGCUAACGCCAACAGCGUGCAGGGCGAGUCCACUAAAGCCGCCCGGGGGGAGUCAGUGUGCGGCUACGGGCAGCAGCAGCAACAACAACAACAGGCGGCGGGAGCGUUCAGGGACAGACCCAAACUCCACCACAGCCUGAGUUUCUCGGGUUUCUCCAGCCAACACCACGGACUCGACUCGCCCCUUCUCGACAGCCCCACAUCCCGCACUCCUCCACCCCCCUCGUCCAACAACUGCACCGCUAACUUCUACGAAGACGUUCUAUCGCCCAGCUCCGUGACUCGUUGCCUUAGCAACAGUGCCUUCUCUUUUCCCGGGCAAGAUCUUAAAGCCCUGCUCGCUCCGCUGGCCGUGCACACGCACAACGGUUACGCCGGCCAGUCCAACGGUGCUUACUACGGAAACCUUCAGGUCAACUUAGGCGGCGGGCCCCCUUCUCCCCCAUACGGUCUCAGCCACCUGCAGUCCCUCCACCGCCUGUCAGAGUCGCCGGUGUUCGACUCGCCCCCAAGCCCGCCAGAGAGCAUCUCAGACCGGGAGAGCUACGCCAGCGGCUCGCAGAGCUCUUCCGGAAGUCUCAGCGGAUCCGAGUCUCCCAGUCUGGACGGCGGGAGACGUUUGCCAAUCUUCAGCAGGCUGUCGAUUUCUGACGAUUAAGCAGCGUUUCGUUGUUGUUUCGUUUUUUUUAGUGAACUUUGGAGGAUUUCCCUUUAGAUAUGUAGUUGAAUAAUAAACUUUUAAUAUCGAGGGAGAUGGAUUUGUCGACACGGCAUUAGUUAAUGCAUUCCACCGGUGACAUGUAUGCUGCAGUUUGUCGCAUCUAUUCGGUCGUUUUCUGACCAAUCACUUUCCAGAUUUGUACAAAGGACUUGUUUUGAACGUGAAAGACAGAGCGGUUUCAGAUUUUCCUCCAUCUUUGCCAAGAAUAUGCCUUGAGAAAAAUUUAAGCAGUAUCUGUACGCGCUUCACAAAAACUUCCAUUCCAAAAGUGUUUUGAGGGUCACAGCGCCACCCAGUGGCGUGGUCGCUCUGUGCAGUUUGAAGCUCUCAUGUUUGGCUUGUUGGGAAAUCACUGCUGAUGGUUGAAUAUCUUUUUUUUUUUUUUUUAGCUGAUUUGAGUGAUCACAUAGCAGUGCAUAACUGGCUAUGAACUAUUUAACUUAUUUAUUUUAUCUUGUGAAACGUAUAGGCUACAUUGUUAAUUGUGUCCAUACUGUAUUUAUCAAGUAUGAUGAAGCAAUAGAUCUAUAUUCUUUUAUUAUGUUUAAAUUAUGAUCGCCAUUAUUAAUCUACAUAAAGUGGAGUGUAUGUUCUUUUCACAGUAAUAUAUAUUUUUUUGUUUGGUCUCUUUUGUAACUUCACUUUAUUUUAUUGUAAAUGAGUAAAAAAUCUUAAUUUAAGAGAUUGUAUGUGAUAUUUAUUUCAUUAAUUUUGUUUCCUUGUUUACGUUCAUUAAAAAACGACAUUUGUGUGAUUUUGCUGUUGGGAUGUUACUUUUUGGAAGGGUUUGUUUUGUUUUUUUGGAAAAUCCUUAGACGUGUCCUGUUAGAUAUGUCUGUAGAAUGUAUAAACUGUGGUUGGCAGAGGACCGUCCAAACGUGUACUAGCCUUAAACUUUCAUAGAAAUCAGAUUUCAAAGAUCCCAAGUAAAUCAAUUAACCAAAAAGUAUUUUAUUUUCCUAUUUUUUUUGUUUUGUUAUAUAUAUACAAUGCACACGAGUCAGGCUGUGAAUCCAGCCACGUGCAUAAGAGAAUGUAGCAGUCCGAUGCCCCAGUAUUAUUGCCUAGUGCCUGUGGGGGAUUCACCAUCUUACAUUGCCUUAUGAUUAACCAAAUAAAGUAUUUUCGUACAUGUUAUUGUUUUACAACAAGAGGAAAUGAAUGUAGUUUGUAAUUUAAACUUCUUGGAAGGUUGUUACCACUUAUCAAAGGAGAGAUAUAGAGACUUAGAGCAACGAUCUAAGGUUUAUUUUUUCUAUUGCUCCCUCUUCCUUGCGUUAUUAUUAUAUUUUUGGACUGUUUUCUCUUGCUUUCCUACGAUAUGGUCUGAAUCUUCCAAACUUGCUGGACGGGGAAGAGUUUAAACACGUUUAGUUUGUACAUAGUAGGUACAGGGGAUUGGCACUAUGUACCUUUUCUUGACUACUUUAUCAGAAGUAAAGCUUUUUGAAUGUAAUUUAAAAGAAUAAAAAACGACAAAAAGAACAGGAUUUGUAAUAUACUUGUUUUUGGGGAGUCAGUUCACUACAAAUUGCGUGUGAGACUGUUAACUUUGUACUGUACAUUUUUGUAGUUCUCCCAAUAAAAUAAUUUUGGAAAAAAUAA